AUGACCUUUGCCGAGUACUACCAGAACCGACUCUUGCAGCAGCAGCAGCAGGAGGCAGGGACGCCAGGAAGCUCGGGGGCGGGGACGGGGGGACCGGGGUCAUCUGUUGGUCGGGCAGCACCGCGAAUGAUACGGACCAGCUCGGCGGCGUCUUCGGCACCAGGUGUAGCGGAGGGGCCAGCGGCAUCAGCGGGCGGGGGCGAAGGAGGCAAGUGGCAGCGAAGGGCCGAGGGCAGGGGUGCCGCUGCGCUAGUGGCACGUGUUGACGGCAGCAACGCGGCAGCGGCCUCCUCAGAUGCACCCGAGGCGAUGAAGCAGGAGCCGGUUGGCAGCAGAAUGAUGAAUGAACGGCACCGGCCGCAGGCAUUGACACAGAUGGCAGCGGUGGCAGCCAGGAGCUCUGGGCCGGCAGGGGCUCGCGCCGGUAAUGCAGCAGCAGCAGCAGCAGCAGCGACGGCGACUUUCAGCAGCGUAGUUACGGGGACAGCAUCAACAUCAGCACCAAGGGAGGAAAGGGAUGGGACACGUAUGGAGCUGCAGCCGCCAGGCGCGGCGGCGGGUGAACGAAAUUCCGGGGAGGGGGAUUCUUUGGGGCCAUCGACCUCCCCAGCAUCGUCACCUGAGGCGGGCCCAGCCAGCAACGGCGGAGAUCUGAUAUGCGGCACUGGCAUGGGGCCGGGAGCUGAAGCCGCGGCGGCAUCUCCUAGGGUUGAUGAUGUCGUGGGCGCAGCAGAUCCGGAAGCGGCCAAGCGUGCGGCGGAGAGGCUUCGCAGUUUGGCGCUCGCUGCACAGCGGUUGAAGAGCUGGCCGUUGAAGGAUGAACCUAAAGGCGGCGCGGCGGACGGUGGCGGUGGGGGGCUGGCAUUGCAGAGGCCGGGUCGACCAGCUCGGUAA